AUGACAAUACAAACCUAUUUUACAGGUGUCCUUAUAUUCGGAGCUGCUUUUGCGACUCGGCUUAUUCUUUUUCAAUUUUCAAAUAUCACAGAAACUUUAGGAAGUCGUGUGGAAAUCAUAACUCCAGUAACGAGUUUCAUUCGACUAACUGAAGGACUUUAUUUAUUUGAAAAUGGUGUUCCGCCAUAUGAUGGGGGAGCUUUUCAUCAAGCACCAUUAUUACUUGUGUGUUUUCAAAUGCUUGGUUAUUUACCAAGUAUUUUUACAAAAUUAACAUUUAUAUUGACAGAUCUUAUUUUAGCUUAUUUUUUAACAGAUAUAGCUAGAAUAAAGCAGCAACUUUACAAUAAUUUUCCUAGAAUCGAAAUUGAAUUGAAAGAAAAUGUAUCGAAAGAAAUUGAUCCAUGGAUUAUUGCUGGAUUAUAUUUAUUUAAUCCGCUAACAAUUGCAUCAUGUCUUUCACAAUCUACAAUUAUAUUUACAAAUCUAUCAAUAGUUUUUGGAACUUAUUAUUCACUUAAAGAUAAUAAAAGUUAUGGAAUGUUUUGGAUUGCAAUGGCAACUUAUUUAAGUUUUUAUCCAUUUAUGUUGAUUUCGCCAUUAAUUUUAAUAUUAAUAAAUCAUGCUAAAUUAAGAGAAAAAAAUAUUAAAAUUGAGAUUUUUGGAUGUAUUGUAUUUUACAUUGGAUGUUUAAGUGGAUUAUUAAUUUUAUCAUAUCUGUUAAUUGGUUCUUGGGAUUUUUUAAAAGCUUCUUAUGGUGUUAUAUUUUUAUUAUCAGAUUUAACACCAAAUAUAGGAUUAUUUUGGUAUUUCUUUAUUGAAAUGUUUGAUCAAUUUAGAAGUUUCUUUUUGGUAGUUUUUCAAUUACACGUAUUGAUAUUUAUAAUACCAAUUUCAAUAAAAUUUAG